AGGCAUGCCUUUGUUUGCAUUGCUGUCGAUCGUUUGUCUGUGACUGACGCGUACAUAAACCAUUCAGUCAGUCGUGACACUAGCUGCGAUAAAAAAGGUUCGUCACACUGACCGUCACAUGUACGUAUGACUGACCUGACUGACGCGCGCACUUCCGAUCUUCUGAUAAAGGGAGGACAUAUGACACGAAGAACAUUACUUCACCUCACCUCCCCUGUGACCUGGGCUGGCGGGCACAAAAAAAGUGCCUCUGCCUGUUCCGACAUAUAUACGCAUAGCAUACACACACACAGGUAGAUCGAUGAGAACACACACGCAUAGCAUAGCACAUAUUGUACACACUCAGACACAGACGCAGAUACAGAUACAGAGAUUCGGAUACACACAUAUGUAGACAAACAAACACAGAAAGAUUCCCAUCCGGCAAUCCAAUCAAGGAUCCUUCCUUCUCUGAAGAAAAACCAAACCCGUGCAUCACAUCACACCGCCCGGCCGAGUCACCCCCCAGCACCAUCCCUGUCGCCCUCACUCCUACUACCACCACCACCCGCCCCAUUAUCCCCAUUAUCGCCAGGUUUGUCGCCCUUGUUUCCCUGCCCGUGCUGCCGCAAGUGUGUGGCGACUCCUGUGGCCAUGGCAAACAGCGGUGUGAACUGGCUGAGCGCGAAGAGCUGCACGUCGGCCGCCUCGGUCAGCGUGUGGCAGUCGCCCUCCAGCAACAGACCGGUCUCGGUCAUCUCGUGCACAAUCUGCAUUUUGAUGUUGACGAGUAUCUUGGCCGUCACAACGGUGAAGGCGUAAGGGAACAGUCUCGGGCGCGCGUCCUUCAGGCGCCCCAUGCAGAUCUGCGCAGCGGCCAGCUGCUCGUGCAGAUUCCGCCUGCAUCAUGGCGUGGUGAGAGCACAGGCAGAUACAUACCCCCACACACAGAGAGGUCCAUGGAUAGAUCCAUGGAUGGAUGGAUGGAUGGCGUCUAUUAGAGGGCGGAUGCUUACACGAGUCGUUUGCCCAUGAUCUUGACGAGGUCUUCCUGCCCCAACUGCAGCAGCUCUCGGUGAACAGCGCCAUAACCUACACAGACACACACACACACACACACAGCCUACAUAGAGACACACAGCAGCAGCAGCAGCAGCUGACCCAUGAUGGUUUCGAUGUCCUGCAUGAGCCGCCAGUACAGCCCCAGCCCACGUAACAACGGCACCGGCACACGCGACACACACGACGGAGACAGAGUGCCCAGCCGGGACUCUAUCGUACGCCACUCGACCUGACCCACACAGACAGAGAGUGAGAAAAAGAGACAGAGAGAGACGAUGCCAAGACGUGUGAGUGUUUGUUGUGUGUGCUGGGAGGGAAGGGUUGGUGAGUGUGAGUGUGUGCCUCGAAUGGUGUCGGCAAGAGCUUUGGCUUGCUAGGUGAGAGGAAGGGCGUCACGCGAGGAGAGGAACUUUCCUGAACCACACCAUACCACACCCCAGCACAGUGUGUGUGAGGUCGUGUGUGAGGUCGUGUGUGUGGACCUGCUCCAUCUGCGCCGUUUCCCAGUGCUGUAUCAUCCGCCGGUCGUGAGCACUGUAGGGGAACUUCUUCACCUCUUCCCAGAAACCCUGACACAACACAGCCAUGCCCACACACACGCAUACACAUCCGCCUCGCCCCCUCCCUCCCCCAACCGACCCACCCAGUCACUCACCCUGAUGCUCAGCGAGCUCAGCUCGCAGUUGGCUGCGUCAAGUGCCGUGCCCAGGGCCUCCAUGAGGGUGUGCAGAGCUCCCCCGUCCACCCCGCCCCGCUCGAAGAGCUUGCCGUACAUCUCUCGGCACGCGUUGAAGAAGAUGUGAUAGAUCUCGCCCUCUCUCUCCAGACGGCCGGUUUGUGUGUGAGCGGGGGCCUUCUGCUGAUCUGCACACACACACACACAGAAAGAGAGAGAUAGAGAGAGAUGGAUGUGGGUGUUUGUGUACCUGGUGGCGCGUCCAGUCGGAGGCCGGACACCUGUGCGCCGAAGCCGUAUAGGCUCUCAGUGCCGAUGCUGGCCGUGUCGUCGCCUUCGCUCAUCAUCCCACUCAUCCCGGCCGCCCCCUCCUCAUCGCCGAGCGACCUGUGUGACAGCGGGGGCGACUGCCGGUGGGGUGGCGGGUGGAAGUGCGCGUGCGGCACCGGCAGGCCCGACGACUCACGCUGCCACCAGAAGAGAGGGAUGAAUGGAAUGGAGAGAAGGGAACAGAGAGUACACACAGAGGGAAGGGCGGUGGGGUAGGUCACUUACCGUGAUGUGUCUCAUCUGGUCGUCGUAUUCGUCGCUCUCUUCCCCGUCCACUGCGGCCGCUUUGCCGUCUGCCUUGUCCACGCUCAUGCCCGCCGCCCCCACACCGCCCUCGUCGGUGCUCGUGACUAAAAAAGAGCUUGGCAGGAAGGUCCCCUGACGCGUCGACAUCGAUGUCGGCCGGCUGUGCAGACCCAGACCUACAGGCACCACCCACACACGCGAAGAGAGAGAGAGAGAGAUGCAGGAGUGAUGUGUGUGUGUGUGGGUCGACACAUCACCUCUAGCAAGCGAGCUUCGUCUCCUCAAAAGUUGCAGUGUCACUCGUUGCUGCUGCUGUCUGAGCAGUUCCUCGGCCUCGUUGCCGACGGCCGUCUGGGAGCGGUGCAGCAGAUGGCGGGGCGACGGCUGCGGCGAUGACGUGGGCGUCUGCCAGGCCUUCCUACUCACACACGCCACCCGAUGCGACGAAUGUCUAAGUGCAUCGCGUCCAUGUCACUCAUUCUCACUUGUCGCUGUUGCCGAUUGCCGUGGAGCUCCGCAGCAGCCCUCCGCCACUCCCUCCUCCGUUAACAGGCCCCGGCAGGGGCAAAUUCAUCUUCUGCAGGUCCUUUAUGUUGACACUGAUGGCCUCCUCGCCCUCCCUCUGUGGUGGUGGUGUCUUCUCGUGUGUGUCUGGUGUUGCUGCCGGUGGUGUGUGGGGGGUGUCUUUGUGCUUGUCUUUGUUGCUGAGCACGUUGCGGUGGGCCGGCCUUUCUCGCAGCUUGGGAACCAGAGAGAGGACGUAGUCUUCACUCUGAUGCUCAUCUGUCCGCACACACACACACACAGAGAGAGUGAGAAAGGGACUCAUCUGUGUGUGUGUGUGGAUGGGCGUGUACCUGGUUCUGGAAGUUUCCACUGGGAGAGAGGGGGCAUUGCGGUGGGGGUAAGCACAGACGACACCGCCUGCAAUCCAUCCAUCCAUCCAUUAGAUCAGGAGUCACACAUGCGUGACGGCCUGUAUGUGCGCCUGUCAUUGUCCAUUACCACUCUCUUCACAGAGAUCUUGCCGCUCUCAGGCAGCACAUGUGCGGUGGUGAGGUCGGGCACCAUCUUGUUGGCCAGUUCCAGCGCCGGGUUGCUCCGAAAACACCAGUGCGUUGACAAAACUGACACACAGACACACACACCCCGAGUCAUGGAAACGCCGAUAGAGAGACAGAGAGUGUGUGUGUCGGUUGCCGACCCUGCAGCUGUUCCUUGUACUCCUUUUCGAUGUGGUGGACGAUCUUGCGCCAGUAGACGACGCGGAACGGAUUGGGGGGGUAGAUCCGCAGCCGCUGAUACAGCCACCCAACCUUCACACAACACACAAUACACACACACACACAUGGAAUGAGAUCGAUGCACAACACACGUGUGGGCGUGCUGACAUACAGUGGUUCCGUUGAUGAGCAGGGUGAGGAAGACGAUGCCGGCGAUGUAGAAGGUGACUCGGUCGCGGACGUCCCUCGGGAGCCGUGUGUCCUCCUCAACCAUCAGACCCAACGCCAUCGCUAUCGCACCCCUGACGAACAAAAUCACACAAACACACACAAAAAAUGAAUACGCAGUACGAGCACAGAGGAAAGGAGAGGAAAGGCAGUUGUUUGUUUGUGCGGGUGGCUGGCCGAAUGCACCUGAGGCCGCCAUAGACCAGGAUGGUGCCUUCCUUCCACGACAGGCCAUAGCCGAGCCUCUGAAUAUACACACACAUACGCUGUUUGUAUUGAGCUGUGUGCGUGUCCGUGAGUCCAUCAGGAUGCCUGUCCUACCUGCAGUAUUGGCGAGAAGAGCAGCACAAUGGCGGCGCGAGAGAUGUGCAGGAACACGUACAGCAGGACCAGGUCGAUGUACGGGCCGCUGCUCACACGGACACACACAGACACACACACACACACACACACACCACGUGCACUUGUGUGUUUGAGUGUUUGUGUGUUCAAGUCGACCCACGCGGAGUAUAGGAAGGAUGAAUCCGCCACUCGCAACAUCCGACACGUGAUGAUGCCUGCACACACACACGCGCACACGCGCACACACAAAAAUGGUCCAUUCCACUCAUCACACAUGGGGCCGCCGACACACCUGCGAUGACGAAGAGCACUUGGUUGGCCAGUGCACUCAGCUCCUCGACCAAUGCGCGGUGGAUAUCUUGCACCUGCACACAGACACACACACACACACACACACAGAGAGAGAGAGAGAGCGAGAGAGAGAUGAUUGUGUUUGUGUGGCCUUCUAUGAGAUGAAGAGGCACUGACCUCUUUGGCCAUGUUGUAUUUGCCCACUGCGGCGAAGAACAGCCCAUAGGUCACCACUGCCAGCACACCCGACACACCCAAGGCCGUCUCGGCCACGAAAUACGACAGAUACGCACCUAAGGCACACACACACCCACCCCAACACACAACAAAGAGAUGCCCUCCCUCCCUCCCUCCCACACACACAUUUACCCACCAGCAAGCACAGCAGUGAUCUCAAUCACAAACUGUGUGAAGAACCACCUCAGCCAGCAGUCGACGGCGAGCGCCACGGCCAUGCCCCACAAUGGCCCUCCGAUGGCCAGCUUCAUGAAGAAGAUGGUGGCGUCCCCGCCUGUCACCGUGUCCACACGCUCCACGGCCAGCUUCCGGAAUACCAGAAACAGCACUGACAGAGAGAGAGAGAGAGAGAGAGAGGGACAGAGAGAAAAGAGAAAAGAGGGAGGGAGAGAGAUGCAUGUGUGUGUGUGUGUGUACCGAAUGAGGAUCCGUCGUUGAGGAGGCUCUCUCCGUCAAUAAUGGAGGCGAGCUUUGCGGGCGCAGCCAGCUCGUGAAGCGCUGCAACCACCUGCAUCACAUGAAGCGAGAGACACACAGUGAGUGAGCGCACCAAUGCCACUAUUUUGUGCUUACUGCAACAGGGUCAGUGGCACUGAGCACACUCGCCAGCAUGAGGCACACGUCCCACCCCAUGGCCGCGCCGCCCGUACUCGUAUUUGGGAAGAUCACAUACAUCAAGGGACCGAUCUACACACACACAUACAUACAAGAAACCACACACAGAGGACACAACACAGCUCCUCAGUUUGCUUGUGCGCUUGUGUGUUGAUGAAUGGAUGGUUACGAUGAAUAUGUUGAGUAUCACUCCGACAAUGGCGAGCAGCACGGACGAGGGCAGCACGCGCUUGAAGACGUGCCAGUUGACAUUGGAUGCAGAUUCAUCUACACACACAUUCACAUACAUGAACAGAUGGCCUCCAUCUCUCUCUCUCUGUCUGUCUGUCUGUCUGUCUGUGGCUGCCUUGCAUGGCUUCCUUACAGAGGAGUAUCGGCAGCAGCACCAGCAGAAUGAAGUGUGGGUGGAUCGUCUCGACGUCCUUGAUGCCGACUCCCAGCAGCGACAGAUCCAUGUUGUGAGACCACCUGCACACACAAAGCACACAAAGAAUGCACAAUAAACGCUGCUGCCGCUUUCCUUGGCUCACCAUGAGAGCAGCAUGCCCGCAACAAAAAGUGUCACAGAAACGGGCGGGCGAAAUCGGGGAAUCAGUGUGAUCACCUGGGAACCAGCACAAUGCACACAAACAGGCAUGCAUCCAGACAGACCAGAAGGACUCGUCGUACCCAUUGGAUGAACGACGAGAUUAGAAAAGUGAAGAUCAAAAAAGCCAACGCGCCCUCUAUCCGCUCGCCCAGCUCAUCCUCCUCUCCGUGACCCACGCUGCCCUCCGCUGCAGCCACAUCGGCACCGUGAGCCUCGCUCGACAUAGAUCUUCAAGAUCUUCGAAGAUCUUCAAUUCAACAACACACAGACGAGCGGCAGGCACCAGCUCACGUAGCCCCCGUCGAG